UAAAAGCGGAUGUUUUGCAUUCGGGGCACUUCCGGAUUAGCUCAGCUAACGCUAGCGGUCCAGACAAGCUGAGGAAACUUGGGGCAAUGACAGCACGAUAAUAGUUUUCUGACCUGCCUGAAAAUGAGAAACAUACUGUUAAUAGCAUUUCUGGCUCCUUGUUGGGUCAACGGUGCCAUUAAGUCAAGAGUUACUACUGAGGAGAUCCACGAAGAAAACCCGGAGUUCGAAACUCUAAACAACGUCCUGUCGGACUAUGAGGUACUGCCAUUGUCAGGCCUCCAGUUGCACUCUGUAAGGAAGAGGGACGUCCACACCCAGUCCCACCUGGAGCGCCUCGUGAGCUUCAGAGCCCUGCACAGGAAUUUCAAACUUUACUUGACCACCAACACAGACCUUUUCACUGACAACUUCAAAGCUGUGUUCAUUGAUAAACAUGGAAAGGAGGAGAACUAUGAUGUUCAGCUUCAGAACUAUUUUACUGGACAUGUUGUUGGAGAGGAGAAUUCACGUGUGCAGGCACACAUAGAUGGAGAUGAGUUUUCUGCUCAUAUUCUAACUGAUGAAGCUGAGUACAAUGUAGAGCCCCUGUGGAGGUUUACUGACUCCCCCACUGAUGGCAGGUUGCUGGUUUAUCGCUCCGAGGACAUCAAGAAUCUCAGCCGCAUCGCCUCUCCAAAAGUGUGCGGUUAUGUCCAUGCGGAGGACAUGGACCUACUACCACAGACUGCCAGGAGGGAUUGGGACAGGCAGGAGGUGGACCAGCAAAAUGAAAACCACCAGAGAGAGAAAAGACAGGUCCACGACCACAGGAAGAAUACCUGCCCCUUGCUGCUGGUGGCAGAUUACCGCUUCUUUAGACACAUGGGCCGCAGACAAGAGAGUGUCACUCUCAACUACCUGAUUGAGCUGAUUGAUCGAGUUGAUGACAUUUAUAGGAACACAACCUGGGAUGAUGAAUUCAAAGGCUAUGGGGUUCAAAUCCAUCAGAUCAUCAUCAACAAGGAGCCUACGAAUCCUCCCCCGGGCCAUGCUGGCUCCACCUGGAUCCACUAUAACAUGGAGGACAGCCCUGUGAGUGGAAAAAAGGUCUGGGAUGUGAAGAGACUUCUGGAGCAAUUCAGCUCCGACAUCGCUGACAAUGCCUCCAUUGUGUGUCUGGCCCACCUAUUCACCUACCAGGAUUUUGAUGAAGGCACACUGGGUCUGGCCUAUGUGGCCCCAUCCAAAGCUCAGGCCCUGGGCGGCCUCUGCCCCAGACCUUAUUACCCAUCUCACUCUGUGAAGAAACCCAGUUACCUCAACACAGGCUUGACCAGCACCAUGAACUACGGCAAAACCAUCCUCACAAAGGAAGCCGAUUUGGUGACCACUCAUGAGCUGGGCCAUAACUUUGGAGCAGAGCAUGACCCCGACAACAUCCCUUAUUGUGCUCCCAGUGACGACCAAGGGGGAAAGUUCGUCAUGUACCCUAUUGCUGUGAGCGGAGACCAUGUCAACAACAAGCGUUUCUCCAACUGUAGCAAGAUCUCCAUUGGAAAGACAUUACGUUCCAAGGCCCCACUUUGCUUCAAGGAGAGGAACAGUAAAGUAUGUGGAAACUCCAGAGUGGAGGAAGGGGAGGAGUGCGACCCUGGGCUCCUCCAUCUCUAUGAUGACCUCUGCUGCACAGCCGACUGCAAGUUCAAGCGUGAUGCACAGUGCAGUGACAGAAACAGCCCUUGCUGUAGAAAUUGCAAGUUUGAGCGGGCUGGAGUAAUGUGCCAGGAAGCCAUAAAUGCUACCUGCAAGAACACAUCCUCCUGCACGGGCACCAGCAGUGAAUGUCCACCUCCUGCAAAGGCAGCUGACAACACUGUGUGCGUUGACAACGGCUUGUGUCGCAAAGGAGAGUGCAACCCUUUCUGCGAAGCCACACAGAACCUUCAGUCCUGUGCCUGUAAUGAAACUGAACACUCCUGUAAAGUGUGCUGCAGGGGAAAAGAUGGCACCUGCUCUCCCUUCAUCCAGACCAAUGGCAGUUUCCUUUUCCUUCGCAAAGGAAAACCGUGCACUGUGGGCUUCUGUGACGAGAGCGGGAAGUGCAUGAAGCAGGUGCAGGACGUGAUAGAGAGGCUGUGGGAUUUUAUCGACAAGCUGGACAUUAACACGUUUGGGAAGUUCCUGGCUGAUAACAUAGUGGGCUCAGUCGUGGUGUUUUCCCUCGUCUUCUGGAUUCCUCUCAGUAUCCUGGUUCACUGUGUGGACAAACGCCUUGAUCAGCAGUAUGAGGAGAACACAAAGUCCUUCUACUACCCUCCAAGUAAUCAAGAAAUGCUAAGCAACCUCGAGUCAGCAUCCGUGCGCAUCGUCAAGCCUCCUCAGCCUCCCUCCUCCUCCGGCGGCCGGACCGUGCCCUCCUCCCUGCCCCCACCGCAGCUUCAUCAGCUGAGCCAGGUCGGGGCCCCUCCCACAGCCAGCAGCAGCAGCAGUACCCAGGCCCCCGGCCCGAGCUACGUCCCCACCCCGGACAGCGCAGGGGGGCCACGGAUGGCCACCAUCCAGGAGGACACCAGCAGCGACUCUCACCUGGGAGAGGAGGGCCUGUCGGACGAUUUCACAACCGCAGGAGCCUGCUCGUCGGCUACGAAAUCCUCCUACGAGGAUCUGACAGAACAGAACCUGCCAGCCAGGGACCGGCGGCGCCUCAAGAGGCAGGACUGCAUUGACACGAAAGAGACCGAGUGCUGAAAGUAAACAACCAGUACUUUUUGAUUGAAAGCACCAACAUGUACACACAACCUCAUAUGUGUUUUAGGGAACAUACAAAUACAUACAGCAUAGUAGGCUUUUUUUCUUAUCACAAGUCACAGUGUAACAGCAUAUAUGUUUUGGAGGUCAGAUUGUAGGGACAACAUUUCAGGCAACACUAGAUGUGGAUAUUUCUCAGUCAGCUGUGGAUUGAAUCACUGCACAAAUAAUGUAUGAGUAGUCUCAAAGUCCUGUGAUUGCAGAUAAGAGUUACUGAGUGAUUUCAUGUUUUUGUGUGCCUGUGUAAAAUAAUGCUGUGCCUUUUUUCAGUUGGGUAGGUGAUAUCUUUGGCCAGAUGAAUCCUUGGAAAUCUGACAAUACCUGUGAAAAUAUAUCCACCUUGAACCAGUUCCUCAAACACAUCAUAGAGUUCAGUAAUCAUUUUGUCAAUCCAGCAGCUUACGUUUCUGAUCAUGUAAAAACAAGGGAUGAAAAUUGAUUACAACACUCCCAUGGCUCUGCUUGCUUUUACCAGUGUGCCCUGUGUAAGUUAAGUGAGCUUUGAUUGUGAACCUUAAGGAAAAAGCAUCAUUAACAGUGUCGACCUCACCUUUCAUCUGCUACAUGCUUGUGAACAAAAGUACUGUCUUUAAAACGGUGCCACCUCACAGGUUUGCUGUACUAACACAAUUAAUAUUAUUGAUGUUGUAGCAGUGGUUAUUUUCCCAUUAAGUGAAGCAUUUCAGUGUGAUAUAUUAAGCAGGAGGGCACUGAACUUUAAAAGAUGACUGUUCUAUCAUGAACCAGUGUCAUAACUGCACUUGAAGUAUUUUUCACAUCACUGGAGAGUUGAAUUAAGUUUUAUACCUGUACUUUAAUGUGCUGUGUCAUAAAUAGUUUCUUUUAAAAACUGCAGGCUUGUUAAAUAUUUUGACCCCUUUGUAAUUCACUUUUUAAUAUUGUGCAAGGAUCGAGCAGUAGCUUCAGUAUUCCCCUAUUUUAUUUGUCCCGCUGUUGAAACUCAAAGAGAAUGUUAGUGUUGGUUAUUUGUCAUGUAUUUUUCCUGUGUGGUUGAUCCCUGUAUGAAACAACAUGGUGCCUUUUGAGAUUUUGUGCCUAACCGUUCCAACCUAUUUCUGUGCAAAAAGACAGGAAAUUUUUCAGUAGAUGAACAUGAAUUUGGACAAUCCUGAAUUUAAUUACAAAAAAGGUGCUUAAAUGUUAUUAUUCCACUGUUCCCUGAUGUGUCACAUGUUAAAAUUGUAAAAAUAUAUAUUUAAGUAUAGGUCAGAAAAAAGAAGCAUACUGUUUAGCUAACAUAGGCUCUACUGGAUGGAUGUGAACUGUUACAUAAUGAGCAGAUGUUCUGUGUCGUGUAGUCUCAUGAUGUGUAUAUUCUUAAUGUUGUUACUUAUAAAUAUUCACUUCUAAGUCCCUUUUUUAAAAGUUUCUUGCUUACAUAAUCUAUGCACAUCUCAAAAUAAAAAUCUUUAUUGUGCAUUUUAAA